UUGUAGUAGUAGUAGUAGGUAGGGGCCGGAUUUCGUAAAAUAUGCCCGAUCAAAUUCGACUUUGGUCGCCUUGUGGGUAGUUAGUGCAUUCCACAUUCGCAAAUCGUGCACUCAUCACCACGCGCUCCUCUCUCGUUGAUCGUGCGUGUUUGUAUGUACAAUCAAACAUUACGUGUGCGCUUGUUUUGUGGGUGAAAACAUGUGUGACUACUAAGACUCUACGAAUUCAUCAAGUGUGCUGCGAUCCUGUGAACGAACGAGAUAUCAAUGAUGACAAUGAUGAUGAUGCAGAGAAUCAUCGAGUCCUCGCACAAGGGCCAGGAGCUGAGUCAGUCGUCUGUGGCGGCAAGCGUGCCAGCUUCACCGUCGGUGGAGAAGGAUUUCGAACACCGUCGGACGCCGCUCGAGGACUCACUCUUCCUACAACCUAAGCGCAUGGAAGAUCCGCGUGAUGUUGAAAUGUGUGAGAAGCACCUUUCCGAGAGCGAAGAUGAUGAAGAUCUCAAUGUUGAUGGAGACGUAGACGUAGAAAACGAUGAUACUCUACCAGUGGACCUGACGCGACGGCAAGAGAACUUUUAUGUUGGUGGAAUGCUUGCGAAAACAGUUGCCGAUGAUGUCAUUGAAGGCGUUAGUGAUAAGCCGACGGUCCUGGUGAGCACGAAACCACGACCGGAGAGUGAGUGCAGUGAUGUCAGUAGAUCCGACAGUCCACGGGACGUUAGCCCAUCAGUGGUGGCGAAUCCGACAAAUCGUCGACUUGCCUUCUCGGUGGAAAACAUUCUGGACCCUAAUAAAUUUACGGGGAAACAGGCGGUUUUUACGGACGUAUGUUGCUGGAAACCACAUCAAGAAUCAAUGGGUUCUUCAGAAUUCGACGGUAGUGAAACCGGAAAAGAUCAUGAUCAUCAUUCGGACGAUGAUGAUGAUAUGGCAUCUGAUAUCAGUGAUGAUCUAAAUAAGGAUCCCAACGCUCCGAAGAAGAAAAAGUCCGACUCCAAGAGUCAAACGGCCGGAAAACCUCGACGUGCGCGCACUGCGUUCACCUAUGAGCAACUGGUCGCUUUAGAGAAUAAAUUCAAAACUACGCGCUAUCUGAGCGUGUGCGAACGACUUAAUCUUGCACUUAGUUUAAGUCUCACCGAGACGCAAGUAAAAAUAUGGUUCCAGAAUCGACGGACCAAAUGGAAAAAACAGAAUCCCGGCAUGGACGUCAAUUCGCCAACUGUACCGCCGCCGAACGUCGGCUCUGGCGGAGGCUUUCCCGGUUUUCCGGGUCAUCAUACGCAUUCCGGCCUUUUGUAUUCGCAUCACGUUCCCUAUGGCGGCGUCUAUCCGCUGCCGGCCGCCGGCUCGGGCAGCUUUACGCCUUACUUUCACUUAGCAAAUCACGGUCACAAUUUAGGUUCUUGAAAGUAAGCGAUUGGACGGCGGCUGUAUAAAGUAUUAUUUAUUACAUUUUUUGUAUAUAUAGGUUUAUCUUAUCUAAUAAGGUAAAGUUGGAGGCCAUUUUGUAUUUGUGUGUAUAUAAUGAUGAGGUUGGUGUAUAAACGAGAAAAAAAAACACUAGAGAAAUGUGCGUGAGUGACGUCGAGAUAGGUUUUAGUACUUUUAGUGGCAUCCAGUGUGUGGCAUCGUUGAAUGAGAUGGGAAUCGUGCAAAUAAACAAUAACAACAAUUACCCAGCAGCCAGAGAGUGGUGUAUUGUUGUUUCGGACAUCUUUUAUGAUGAUUAUUCAUAAUUAUUAUGUUAUAUGUACAUAUUCUAUUGCAAUUAAUGAUUAUACGCA